UUAGAUCAGACUUAUGUUGUGCAAUGUUAUGUUAUCGUGCGAGUGAGAAGCGCUCUAUUGAAUUUUGCAAAAUAAGAUGAUAAAGAAUUGGAAAAAUGCGCGAUCAGUAAUACGAGUUGGACGCACGAACGUCCUGACCGGUGUGUUGUAUUUUCUUGUAAGACGUACGCUGCUCUAAGAACAGAUACCGAACGUCGAAACAACGUAGCACGAGACUCUUGGAAUGGAUUAUGCAACAAUCGUCGACGACGCAGUCAAGCAAUUCUACUCGGCGGGCAACAAUGAGGCUCAUUCAUGGCUUCUGCAAGUGCAAGCCUCCCCCGAGGCCUGGCAUUUUGUAUGGCAACUUUUGGAUCCCUCUAAGUCAUUUGAAGUCCAAUUUUUUGCGGCAACAACUUUACAUGCAAAGAUAUCCAAACAGUGGGAUGAAGUGCCUCAAAUUGAGUAUCCAAUGUUAAGGGAACGUUUGCUCAAUAGUAUGAGAGGAACCAACACUCCUACAUUUAUUCUUGCAAAGCUUUGUCAAGCGUUAGCUGCAUUUGUGGUCAACAUUUACAGUGCAGAAAACAGAGAAAAAAAUAAAAGUAUAGUUGACGAACUACUUAGCAUUGUACCUUAUAAUUCUCCAUCUGCGUUAGAAUUAUUACUUCAAGUACUUUUAAUACUUCCUGCAGAGUAUAAAAAGAAACAUGAAGCAAAGAGUGCCAAAUUGCGGGAAGCUGUUGUCAACUUAAUCAAUAGCUGGUGCCAAACUGCAUGGCUUUUGCAACAGGUCUUUUCAAUGUGUAAUUCCAAUUCUGAAGGUAAUGAUAGCACAUUGUAUACCUUGGGACUGGAAUGCGUUCAAUCGUGGCUCAAAAUUGACCAGUUACCUUUAGAAACCACUGGUCAGAUCUAUCCCUAUUUAUUAAUGGCUGCUGCUCGCUAUGCACCUAAUAGAGAAGGUGGUGAUGACGAGAACAUCAGGAACUGGGAAAUCGUACAAGAUUGCUUAACUAUGAUUGUGACACGUUGGGAGCUUCAAAAGCGACCUCAAAUUUUCUGGGAAUGGGCUACUGCUUUGGUAUCGAUGGCAAAGCAACACAACGAAAAAUAUUUUUGCGAGAUACUAACUGCCAUUGGGGAGACUCAUAGCCGAGCGUUUCUCAUCGCUCUUGCUGAGAAUUCUAACGAGACACAUGCAUGGACGGCCAUGCACUUGAUCGAAUUAUUGUUGGAUUGUUCGGAGCAGAAAGGUCGUUAUCCUACGGAAGAGACACGUAGCGCUAUACCAUUUGGAUUUUGGUACGCAUUACAAGAUGAUCUCUCCACGUUGGAUCAACCGUUGGAGAGUCGAGCUCUAGAAGCAUUGAAACCCAUUUAUUUUCGAUUGGCCCAGGCAUUGUUGCGAAAAUCGACAUUACCUGCAUCUUCGAGUGAAGGAGGGAAUGCGGACGAACGCGAGCUUUUUAGAUGUUAUAGGCAGGACGUAGUGGACACAUUAGAUUAUUGUUACAAAGUUCUUGGUACUGACCUAUUGGCCCUUCUCGGACAAAAAAUGAGCCUUGAAGAUUUAGCAUGGACUGAUAUAGAAUCCACGUUGCACGCUUUCAAAGCUUUAGCCGAAAGCGUUGGAACUGAAGAGUAUUAUUACAUUCCCGCACUAAUAAACUUGAUUCUUGCUCGCAUACCUUAUCAUCUUUAUCCUGAGGAGGUACUAACAUGCGCAUGUUCGACGCUAGGGGCGUACGCUGAAUGGAUAGGGGAACAUCCCGAGCCUUGGCUGAAACAAGUAUUGCAACUCGUUACUCAAGGACUGACCAGAGGUUCUAUGACAUCACCUUUUGCAAGUAUGGCGUUAAAGGAUCUGAUCAGGGAAUGCGAGUCGCAUCUUAUCCCUUACGCGCCGUCCAUUCUUCACACUAUCAGUCAGACAUUACCAAGCAUCGAGCCUGGCGGUAGGGAAGGCCUGCGACUCAUGUAUGCCGCUGGAAAAUUACUCAACAUAUUGCCCUCUAUGGAGGAGCAACUAGUGCAUCUCGAAGCGACAUUAGGACUAUGCGUGAUGAGGAUAAAAGAGCUGUUGGAGCAACCGUUAUUCACGGCACGAGUCGGCGUGACAAAUUAUUUGAAAAUGGUUACUACAUUCUUUACAACUAUUGAAGGCGCGAUUGGUAAAGCUGUGUUGGACGGUGUGCUACCGGUGUUCAAUCAGAUUGUCGCGCAUCCCGAGUGGAGUCAGGAUAACGCUACAUUGGAAGCAAUGCAUAUAUGCGCGCAACGAUCUCUGUCGGCGUUGCAACAGCCGGAGACACAGGCACGACCCCUGCUUCCGAUUUUGUCAACUUCGUAUAAAAUCUGGCCGCAUCCGGCCGCGUUGAAUCUAUUGAAGCAGCUCGUACUGUUAUUUAGGAGAGAUCCAGACAACGUCGUAGGUCCGGUGCUCGCAGAAAUAAGCUCGAUAACGUUGAACGGCGUGAAGGCGUGCAGAUCGGUGCAGGGCGAUUUGUCCGAAUGGUCGGACUUGAUGGAAGCUUAUCUAGAUGUGCUCACGCAAAUUUGUAAGAAGAACACCAGGAUAUUGCUGCAAAUUCCAGAUCAAAUACCGGAUAUGUUGCAGUGUGGAAUCGCAUGCCUAACUCUACCAGAGACAGCCACAGCCAAAGCAGCCGGCCAUUUUCUUAGUCACGCGAUUAUGCAAAGUCCGCAUUUGCAAACGUUUAUUCAACCGAUCGGGCAAGAACUUGUAUCCGCAAUUUUGCAUUGUGUCGGUGGAGCAGUGUCUCAUAGUAAUUUAGAUCCUCAUGCCGAAGUUUUAUUAGCAUUAAAUAAAACUUGUUCGGAAUGGACCGCGCAGUGGUUACGGAUCGGACUGGAGAAUCAAAAGAAUCUUGCUGCUGUAAUGUUACAGAGGGAAAACAUGACACGUAUUUUAAUGGAGAGAACAAGAGCGACACGACUUUGCGAAGUAUUAAAAGAAAUUAGUAUUCAAUGUCGUCAAAAGAAGGGACUAUGACAAUAGAACUUUCAAAAUCGACAGAUUUGACGACACGAAAAACAAAUCUAAGACAAUUGUUAUGAUCUAAGGUAAUCAAUUUGACGGAGGCAGUUUUACAUAUAUUUGAUGGAGUAUCACUCUUGAAGCUUGAAUUGUGUGGCUUUUUUAUACAUAUAUAUAUAUGUUCUUAAAGACAUCUCUCAAAGAUUAUUAAAGGAAAGUUAUUCGAAUCAAACCGACAAGGCGGUAAGCACGUUCCAAGUAAUACAUUGAAAGAUGAUCUCGCUCCAUGUUCUUCGGCGCGAGAAAUGACAAUUAAGCACUUUCGAGCUUUACGCAUUGUUCAAAUAUUUUGAUUAUUGCCACGCAGUAUAUGACACGCGUUAGCUGUCUUGCAGUUGUCGAUUCCGCCUGAUACGGGUUCUGCGAGCGAACGAACGAACGAAAACGAUCUCAUUACCGUCGUCUCACCGAAUAAUAUUACGCUGCGGCGGCGCAAAGCAUGAGCGUUAGAAUUUUUUCGGCCACGGGAGAGAGAAAGAAAAAGAAAGAGACAGGCAUCUUGAUAAAAGGGAAAACGCGCCAUUUCGUGAAUUUACGAGGCGAUUUUAUCGUUACCGUCGAUCUCGCGCCGGGAGUUUCUUGCCUUGGUAUAUACGUUUGAAUAAUUAAUCCGUUCCACGUAUAUUCACAUCAGGGAUGCAGCGUGUUACCACCUCGAGAUUACGAGAGACCGUAUACUUAUCUGGUAUGCUUAACAUAGUCGGUGACGGUGAGUGGGCCGACAGAUUUUUAAAUUGCAAAAGCGGAUCGCAUCGACCGAAUAUUCUAAACCUUCUCGCUAAGGAAUAAUCUAUCUAUCUUUUGAUUGUGGAUUACUUGCGGGCAGGGGUCAUUCGCUUUUCCUGUUUUUUAUUUAUGUCUUUUGAAAUUUUAUUCAUUUUAAAGGAUAAUGAAAACUAAUUUUUUAUUGAAGAUAUACAUCUUAUAUAUAACUUACUUGAUAGUGUAAAAAAAGAUUUAUGAUGUUUAUCUUUCGAUACAUUAAAAUAUAAAUUUUUGAACGGAUUCUUAAGUGUCAAAAUUGAUUCUUUCUGUUCUAUUCUUUCUUGUUCUUUAGGAAGAUAUAUAUUUCAUAUGAAUAAUCAUUUACUUUUACUAUUUUUACUUUAUAUGAUUAUAUUCGUUUAUAAAUGUCAUAUAUAUACAGGGUGUCUUGCGAAGAUUGUGCCAACGCUCGUGAGUGGGUAGAGCACAGUAAACUGAACAGAAAAGUCCUUUACCAUUUUUUGAUCUAAACUUUCUUUUCGUUGUUAUACGAUGUUAAAGUUAGCUAAUCAGCGCUUGUCUACAACGGAAAACAAAGGAGGGACAUUGGGGGUCGGAGAAACGAGACUUUCUGGUAUAUAGACAGGAGCUAAUUAACUAACUUUAACAUCGUGUAACAACGAAAAGAAAGCUCAGAUCAAAAAAUGGUAAAGAACUUUUCUGUUCAGUUUACUGUGCUCUACCCGCUCACGAGCGUUGGUACAAUCUUUACAGGACACCCUGUAUAUAUAUUUCUUGUCAUCUUUUCUGAAAAAGCGAAAAAUUCUUUUGCUUCUUUCUACUUUUCCGCUGAAUACAUCAACUUUUUUUUAUAUCUUUAUUCAUAUUUCGCUUCGAUAAAUAAUAUUUUCCAUAUGAUCAUUUUAUUCAUACGAUACAUGUCGGUUAAUGUUCGAAAACGAUAUCAACGUUUACUAUUUCGCAAGCUAAGGAUUUCGACCAAAGAAGAUGAAGGGGGAACCAGAAGGAGGAAAGGAUAGAUGUGCGAGCUGUCAGUCAUCGUCACUGGUGACGCCAGUAGCGCGUUCAUGAGAAAAUCGGGGAGAGGAAAAUAUAUAUCUUCCGCAAAAAAAAAAAAUAAGAAGAGGAAACAUUCGUCCGUGUUAGCGAAACCAGAAACGUUGGAAUAUAAAUGCAAGCCCCCGUGAUUCUGUCCACUAGAAUCGAUAUGCUAAGCGUACGGACGGACGUAUACAUCAGCUUGAAGCAUUGAUCGAUAUACAACCUCGAUAAAAAGAGACACGCCGGUCGGCUGAAGAGGACGAUGAAGAAGCGGUUGAGGUGAAAGAGGAGGACAAGAAGAAGACGAAGGGGAUUCGCCGCGGUUUUAGAUCCGAUGAUAUAGGUGGCAUCGAUAUAUAAGACGCUCGUUGACUCGUCGCAUCCUUCGCCCGUGGCCGGGCAUACAUAAUCGGAUAACCGUUUACGUGACACACGACGCCGCCGAGCUCCAGCCCCGAGUUAAUCGUGGCGGUCCGAGAAAGAAACACACAAUUCGGGAGACACGACGGAACGAUCGGCGUAUAUAAAACCCUCGGAUGAACUUUCCAGGCGUUUCAAUUGCCCGAAAAUCUUUAUAAAAGUGAGUCCGUCGAUAUUCUUCCUUUUCCAUGUCAACGCACUUCUUUUUCUCUCUUGGACUUUUUUCCAUUUUUGUGUAUAUUUGUAUAUGCGCAUUCUAUAUAUUCUCUUUCCCAUUUUCUUUCUCCGGUGCGUCUUCCUCUUUACGUAUCCUCUGAAUUCACCGCGUUCUCCAGGUCUUCUACGUUGUCGACUCUCCCUCUGACUGUGGGUCUCUUAUACGCAUCGCUUAUACUGAUGCACACGCAUGUGUGCGCUUACAUAUUAACUAACUAACUAUAUCACAAGUUAUCUUUCUUUCUCUUCUUUUCAUUUUCUUAUCCUCUCGUCCUGUCCUUCCUCGGAUAGGAGUCCUCCUUUUUUGUCCAGCUCCCGACAAACACGCGCGUCCUCUUUGCCGGUAGCUUCUUUCUUUUCCUCCCCCUCCACAUCCUUUUAACCCGUCUAACUCUUUCUCUUUUUCUUUCUAACCCCCAUCUCCUCAUCGUUUCUUGUCAUCGUUUUUGCUUUGCACGCUCCCGUUUAUCUUCGGUGCACACGCGAGCGGAGCCAAGAAUUGCAAGGUGUACCUGUCGGGAUAAAGGAGUCGAAAGAAGGACAUUGUGCGAUCGUGACACCGGGAGAAGAGACGAUGCUGGAAUGGUACAUCGGGAUUGCGACCACCCUGCUGGUUUUCCUCAUCUACUUUGCGUAUUUCUUCAAAUUCAAUUGGGUCAGAAUAUUUAUUAAAGGAUUUAAGGAAUGAAAGUAGAACGCGGACCAAUUGUGGUAUUAAUGCAAGAUCCAGAAAUCGAAAAGUGGGUAAACUACCACCGGUAUAUCCGAAUGGAUGGUUCGCUUUGCUCGAGAGUUCGCAAAUAAAAAAG